AUGAGGGUGGAACUCUCCUGCGGCUGCCCCUCUCUGGGUCUGAGCAGGGGCACUGCUUGUUUCUACCUGCUAGGGGCGCUCAUUGUCCGCUACAUGCUAGCUGGAGCUGCCGUCUUCUCUGCCUUUGAAAGGCCCGCCGAGCUAAAGGCUAACCACCACUGGGACCAGAAGAUAGAGGAGUUCGGCCUUGAGCAUGGGGUGAAUCCUGAGGACCUGAGCACCCUGCUACUCCACUAUGAGGAGGCCAACACAGUAGGUGUCCGGAUGGUCCGUCACUGGCCCCACUGGGUCUUCCCAGGGGCCUUCUACUUUGCGGGCACUGUGGUCUCAACGAUAGGUGAGUCAAGAGGCUGGAUCUGGAUGGACCAUGUUACUGUGUCUGCUAAUUCAUCACCACUUACAGGGUUGUCCAGUCUAGAUUAUGUAUUGAUUAUGUAUAUUAUGUAUAUACUCCUGGAGGUAUGCUGUACUUACAUCCUCUUCAAUGCCCUCUCUGUCAUCAUCAAACAGCGGCUGAACUGGAUCCUGAGUCAGCUGAUCCAUCUGCGUAGCUGCCUGUGCCACGGCAGACCUCUACGAUGCCCACUGUUUCCCAUGUUCUUGCUAAACCUGGUGGAUAAAUGCUUGUGUGCUGAUGCCACAGUGGAAACCCUGUGCCACAGGAACAUGGACUUGAGCACUACCAAGGCAGGAAAGAUGGGGCCACAUGGGCACAGUCUUCCCGGAGGGGAUGUCAAACAUGUUGGACCACCAUGA